AUGUCGGCGCUCGCCCCCGUCACCACCACCCUGCGCAAGCAGGCAGCCAAGCCUCUCUACAGAUACUCUGGUGUCAAAUGGCACGAGAGUGUGCGAUAUCUCACCGGCACCACCACAGCUGGACCUUCCGGUCCUUCUAUCCAAGCCCCUCCCACACGCACAGCUCUCUCCCGCCUACCAUGGCUUACACUCCUCCGUUCUGCUGCCCUUACCACCAUGAUGUGCUCGCCGACCCUCCUCAAGCCCUCCAUUGCCGCCAUGGGUCUCAUCACACACCCCAAAAUCUCCCUCUUCAACCCUGAAACCAACACUAUCCUCAACAAGCUGGUCCGCAACGUCGUCUACGACCAGUUCUGCGCCGGCACCAACCAGGCCGAGGUGGCCCAGUCGGUCCGCGACUUCAAGACGCUCGGCUACCAGGGCGUCAUCCUGACCUUUGCCAAGGAGAUUGUGCUGUCCGAGGAGGAGCGCGCCCACGCGGCCGCCAACCCGGGCCGGUACACCCAGGCGCACUACGACAUGGUGCAGUCGUGGCGCGACAACUCGCUCGCCUCGCUCCGCAUGCUCCAGCCCGGCGACGUGCUCGCCAUGAAGAUUACGGGCGCGGGCCCCAUUGCCAUGGACGCGCUCCAGGCGCAGGAGGCCAUGCCCAAGGUCAUUGACGAGGCCAUCACCGAGCUAUGCGCCGAGGCCAAGAAGCAGGGCUCCCGCCUCUGGUUCGACGCCGAGCAGCAGUCGGUGCAGCACGGCAUCGACGACUGGGCCAUUGAGCUGAUGCGCCGCUGGAACGGCGACGGCCAGGCCCUCGUCUACAACACCAUCCAGGCGUACCUCAAGGCCGCGCGCGAUGUCGCCGACCGCCACAUCGCCGCCGCCGCCACCGAGGGCUGGAAGCUCGGCGUCAAGCUCGUCCGCGGCGCCUACAUUGAGCACGAGGAGCGCUCCCUCAUCCACGACACCAAGGAGGACACGGACGCCUGCUACAACGACAUUGCCGACAAGCUCAUCAGCCAGCGCCUGCCCGCGGGUCUUGCCGGUACCGAGACGCAGUUCCCCAAGGCCAACCUCAUGCUGGCCACGCACAACGCCGACAGCGCCUCGCUCGCCACGGCGACGCACCGCGCCCGCAUCAGCAACGGCCAGUCCACCUGCAAGCUCGAGUGCGCCCAGGUCGCCGGCAUGGCCGACGAGCUCGGCUGCGAGCUCAUCAUGAAUUACGAGAACACGCUGGCCGACCAGGCCGCCGCCAACACCAUGGCGCCCAAGCCCUACAAGUGCCUCACCUGGGGCUCCGUCGGCGAGUGCAUGGGCUACCUCCACCGCCGCGCCAUCGAGAACCGCGGCGCCGUCGAGCGCACCAAGCACAUGGCUGCCUCCCUCCGCAAGGAGCUGUGGCACAGACUGUCGUUGAACUAG